AUGUUUGUUUGUGCGGUGUGCGGUGUGCGGUGAAGACUUAAUGAGAAGCCGAAGUGCAAGUGCCGUGACUACGAGCGAUCCCUGCGAGCAGGGGCUAAGCCAAAGUACGCGUUUUUCUAAUCGCAUUAGCCCCGGAGGCCCUGCCCCCAGCCCUGAUCCAUCCCUCAUCCAUCAGCCAUUCCCGAUGCGCGGAAUAUAAUCGUGCUCGUACGAGUGUCUAAAUACUUGUAAAAGUUGCCUUCACACGGGUAAUUUGAAUGAUAGCAGCUCCGUGGAGAGGGGCGCAUCCUUGGGUUGGCAGCAUCAGCACUGAGUGCAACACCAUCAGCGUUGGGAACGUCUGCAGCAUCAGCAGCAUCAAGUGCUGGAUAAACUUUUCGCUUUCGCCAGCCAACAACCGAGAACGCCGCCGCCGACACCAGCUGCGUUUUUGGGUGGAAAUACAAUGAAGGUUUCUGAUUUCUAUCGAGCACAUUCCAUAAGUCACGUCAGCCCGUGCAAAGGAUGAGGCGUCCAAGUGUAUAUAGGGCAUCAUCAUCAGCAUCAAACGCGGCGGCCCAGACCCACAAACGGGCCUCCCUGCCGCCGCCGACACCGCCACAAUACACCCAAUAUCCCCAUAGUACUCGUCCGCAGACGACGACGACAACGAGGACGACAACGAGGACGACUACAACGAGCCUAAGUCUCAUCCGGCUGCUCGCCGUUGUCUCGGUAAUUGGAUCGCAGUUUCAUUCUGCUCUGGGCACUGGCACAGCGGCGACCGUCGAGCCGCCGGCAGCCUCAACCACAGCGAGCACCAGCACCAGCAGCAGCAGCAGCAGCAGCCGUCGAGCCGAGAAUAAUAAUUUACUUUUUGAUGACCAUAAUACAACUAAGGCCGUAUCAUCAGCCGCUGUUAACCCGACAGAAGCGAGCACAACCCUUUACCAGGGCCAGCCCCAGAGCCAGAGCCCGAGCCUGAGCCCGAGCCCAAGCCAGCCCCAGUCGCAGUCGCAGUCGCAGUCCCAAAUGCCAACGAAAGCGUCGGACACGCCGCACCCCCCAGCAGCACACUUUGCCGUACCCACAGGACGCAAGCCGAGGCCCAGAACAGCAGCAGGAGCAGCAGGAGCUGUUGUGAAAACACCAGACAGCAGCAAUGAGAUUAGCCAUAGCGCACCAAUCAAAAAUUUAAUUACCAGCCUUGAGCGCACUGGGACAACAGACCUGCUGCUACCGACAACAGUGGCAGUGGCAGAGGCUGUGGCAGCGGCAGUGGCAACACCGAAAAGCGCUAGGAGCACCGUAAAGCAACCCAUCGACUCCACACGCUCACGGAACCAUUGGACAGUGGGGGGGUCCACUGCCCAUGAGACGGAGAGGCCACGCACCUUUCGCAGCAAGCACCAUCAUGAGCACCACUGGGGGCCCUUCUUUGAGGAACCAAUCAGUUCGGUCGCCGCCGGCGAGAGCCUCGUCUCCGCCGUGCAUCUGUUCACCGAGGCGGUGCUCAAUUGUCGCGUAGGCAUGCUCAAGGACAAGACAGUCAUGUGGGUCAGACGCACCACCGAAAAGGUGUCGCUGCUCACGGUGGGCAACGUCACGUACAGUGGGGAUCCCCGUAUACGCGUCAAGUUCCAGUACCCCAACAACUGGCGACUGCUGAUAAAUCCCACACAGCGCGAGGAUGCCGGUAUCUACAUGUGUCAGGUUUCCACCCAUCCGCCGCGGGUGUUUACCACCAAUCUAACCGUACUGGAGCCCCCACUGAGGAUGAUCGAUGAGCAUGAGCGUGAUGUGGGAGAUCGCUACUACAAGUCGGGCAGCACCGUGGACCUGCAGUGCCAAAUAUCGCGCAACUUUUUCCAGAAGGAACGCUACAACAUACUCAAGACGAGCGAUCCUACGACAGCCAAAGCAGUCUCGAACGAGACGGAGAACGAACUAAAUCUGAUCGGCGACUCAAAUCAAACUCAACUGAAACUAACCAGCCAGGAACUGGAGAAGUACUUUACCAAGUUUAUUACAUGGGCCAAGGACGAAGAAGCACUCCAACCACUGACCAAUAAACGCUCAAGCGUAUCUGAAAAAUGGCUGACAAGUCGCAUCACCAUUGAAGAUGCAAAGCUCUCCGAUAGCGGAAAUUAUUCCUGUUCCCUCGGCCGACUGUUUACUGUAAUUGUCCAGGUGCAAGUACUCACAGGGGAAUUACCCGCUGCUGUCCAACACAACGUGGCGACCAGAUCCAAAGGCUUGUGGUGUUUCCUUCUUAUGCCUAUUGCUCUCCACUUUGUACUUCGCAGACGACAUCUGGGACACUAGUAUGACGAGUGCCCAAAGAUGAUGGAGUGAAGAAUGCAGAUUGAAAUGAAUUGGAACACAUUUGAUUGGCACUUGAUUCAACACAGACACGGACACACAGCCACAGCCACACAUACACACAGUUUACUUAGUAAAUAAUGUAUGUAAUACUUUCAGAUAACUUUCAUGUGUGUGUAACAGACCGACAACUUGUCCAAACCAAUAUUCAUAUAAACAAUAGGAUUUUAUAUAUCAAUUUACAUGACACUCUCACUUAUGUAUGUCAGAAUCCCCCUCUCUGUCUCUCCCCUAAGGGUUUCCGUUCUUCUAUAUGAAACUUCGAUGUUUUUGUGUUUCAUCCUGCCCAACCCUACCACAAGUAAUACUCGAAAAUACUCCAAUGUAUUAGCUUUAUUUUGAAGAACAACAAACACAGCCUUUGGGUAUGACAUUUUGUACAAAUUCAGUGAGCUUAAAUGAUCAUUCUUUAGAUUAUUGUUUUUCAGUGUUGUUGUUUAGUUUCUUGUGAUGUUUGCACUUAGUUAUAAAUCAUACAACAAAAAAAAGAGUAAAGGUUAAACGAUGUGAUUUUCGUUCAGUAAUUAUGUAAAUAUUGUAAGAUUGGUAAGGUAAAUGCAUAAUUUACAAAUGUUUAUCCUUAUACGGCUUUGAUUAUUGUUCUCCUCUCACAAAUCAUGUUGAUUAUGUAUAGUUAAAUCCUUGUAACUAAUCGGGAGGCAAUCUACUAGGAUCAAUGCGUACCAUGCCAAUCCCCAAAAACGAAGAAACAAAGAAACAAACAAACAAAUAUUGUUAAACUGACGUCACUGUGUAAUUAUUAUUGAAUGAGUAAAUCAAAAUACUUUCAAAUAUACGAACCAUUAAUAUAAAUUAA